AUGGAGACUCCCAAAGUCGGCGACAAGAUCGCCGAUAUCGACACACCGUCUAUGAUCGUUGAUCUCGACCUAAUGGAGGGUAACAUCAAAAAACUCAUGGACAAACUACUCCCGACAGGCCUUGACAUUCGUCCUCAUCUAAAGACAACCAAGAGCGCUAUUCUCGCGACCAAGCUCGCCAAAGCCGGUGCCAAGGGCGGGUGCGUUACAAAGGUCAGCGAAGCUGAAGUCAUUGCCGCCGCUGGCUUCGACGAUCUACACAUAACCUGUCCGAUCGUUGGGCCCGCCAAAGUGAGGAGAUUGGCGGAACUGUUCCGAAAGUAUCGGCAAGUCAGGAUCGUGGUUGAUUCUGAGAUCGGUGCAUCUGCUAUCAACGAUGCUCUGUCGAAAUCAGGCAUUGAAGAGCCUAUUCUCACGCUGAUCGAUCUUGAUGUUGGUCUUCAUCGUACUGGUGUUAAGCCCGGAGAACCGGCGAUGGAAUUAAUCAAGUACGUCGGCGGACUGAAAUAUCUCAAGAUCAUCGGUGUCCAGGGGUAUGAGGGCCAUCUACAACAUCUGCACGACUACGAAGACCGGAAGAGUCAAUGUCUAGAGUCGAUGCGUAUUCUCACUAGUACCGCCGAGUCUUUCCGGCAGGCUGGUUUCAAUAUUGAAGUUGUCACCACUGGAGGCACGGGUACAGCCGAGUUCUGCGCUUCUGUGCCCGGCGUGACUGAACUCCAACCUGGUUCUUUCAUCUUCAUGGAUACAGACUACCGCAACGCUGUUGGUACAUUCUACUCGAACAGUUUGACGAUAUUGUCGACCGUUGUUAGCAAACAGGGUCCGAGGGCUGUGACUAUUGAUGCGGGGUUGAAGUCUUUGACUACGGAUAGUGGGAUGGCUGAGUGCAGUGACGAGCGGUACAAGUAUAGUGAGUUUGGUGAUGAGCAGGGCUCGCUGGUUUGGGAGGAGGGGACGCCUGAUUUGGAUGUUGGGGAUCGCGUUAUGAUUAUUCCUAGUCAUAUUGACCCGACGAUUAAUCUGCAUGAUGUUUAUUAUUCUUAUCGGGGAGGAGUUAUUGAGGAGAUUUGGCCUGUUGAUUCGAGAGGGAAGGUGCAAUAG